AUAAGUGAGGGGGGGUGCGAGGGCAAAAAUCAAAAUAAACAAGAAUUUUUUACCGAUUUAGUCAUAAAAACCUUAAAAUGAACGUUAAUUUGCACAUCUAUCGAAAGAGUUUACUGAAUAUCAGAAAUUUGUUUCACAGGCAGAUCACUUCGGACCGCCCUGAUAAAAAAAUCCAGGAAUGUUACAAUAUCCUGAACUUACCUCAAGGGUCAAAACACGCAGAUGUGAAAAAAGCUUUUGUUGAUUUGGCCAAAAAAUACCACCCAGAUUCAGGAUCUCCAGAAGCGGACAUAGAAAAGUUUGUAGCUGUAGAAAAUGCUUUCAGAACUUUAUCUAAACAUAUUACUGGCAGCAGCACCACCGAGGUUGUUCCAAAAAUAUUUGAUAUCAAGCAUACAGCCCCACAACAUCGCCAGUAUCUAAGCUUUGAAGGAGUUGGUCACGGCACUCCCUCCCAGAGACAGAGGCAGUGGGAAAAGGCCCGCGCUCAGCAGGCAGCGGAUAAUGUCAUGGAACACAGAGUAGCCAAAUCCAUGGCUUCAGAAAAUACACUCAUGAAAAAGGAAAAAAACUAUUUUGCAAAAAAGCAUGAUAUAAAAACAAAAUAUGGAUUUGAUAGAUUAGUAGAAGAUUUGAUUCAAGAGUCCAUAUCAAAAGGAGAGUUUGAGAACUUGAGCGGUAAAGGGAAGCCAUUGAAAGACCAAAACAGGAAUCCUUAUGUAGAUUUUACAACUCAUAAAAUUAAUGAGGUCCUAAUCAACAAUGGCUUUGUGCCAGAAUGGAUAACAAUGAACAAGGAAAUAGCACAAGAGAUUGAAGCCCUGAAGCAAGAACUUCAAAAGGACCGCAUGUUUCUAGGACCAUAUCCACUCUCUGAAGAGGAGGCCCCCAAAUGGGCCAAACUUUCACAAGGCUAUGAGGGCAUAGCUGAGAGUAUCAACAAGAAAAUCAACCACUAUAAUCUGAUUGUACCUUUGCUUAACAAACAGAGGCUACAUAUUCAGUUUGAAGAGAUUUGUGAUGAUGUGUUGCAGAAUGGUAUCCACUCAGUGUAUCAGAAAGAGGAUGAGACACAUAAGGAACUGCAAUACGAGUCAGUGCCUAAUUACCAUGACGACCUUUUAGGUGCACUAUUCAAAGCCUUCUCUGAGGUUUUCAGUUUAGAGAAAGAAAAGAAAAAAGAAGCUGGGAGAUGAAAGAAGCA